AUGGUCGUCGACCCAACGUUAGUUGUAAAACGAGGCAACAUUGAUAACCUGUAUUCGAAGACGAAGGCACAACUCGUAAAUAAACUGCAAGAAGCGGAAUUCCCUUCAGAUCGAGAUCUCGAUCAACAGCCUCCAUUAUCGAAGGACGUUAAGAUUCGGUUCAAUGACGAGAAAUGUGUUGUUCAUGAGACAAACGACCAAGCGACGAUAGACAAGGCGGACGAAGCGGGACCCGAGAGCGAGAAUUGA